CAAAAAGGAGAGAUGAGAGAAUAAUGAAAGAAUAAUAAGAACCGAAAUAAAUAAAUAACUAAACAAAAGCCAUCUCCUUCCCCCCACCUCCCCUUCUUUUUAUUUCUCUUUUCUCUUUGCUUUCUUGGCUUCUGGUAUUCCCUUAGUGUGAUUCUCCGCCUUAUUUUUCCUAAAGAACAUAUCAACCUUUAUAAAAGAAGGGGAAAAAAAAAAAAAAGAAAGCCAAAAAUUAACCAUGGUUUUCCCAUCUGUUCCAGUUUAUUUAGAUCCUCCCAAUUGGCAGCAGCAGCUUAAUCAUCAACAAGGAUCUUGCAGUGAAAAUCCUCAGCUCCCACCUCUUCCUACUGAUCAUCAUGUUGGAGCUUCUGGUUCCAUUAGGGCUGGUUCCAUGGCUGAUCGAGCCAGGCUAGCCAAGGUUCCACAACCAGAAGCCGCUCUGAAAUGUCCACGCUGCGAGUCCACCAACACCAAAUUUUGCUACUUCAAUAACUAUAGCCUGACACAGCCACGUCACUUUUGCAAGACUUGUCGGCGGUAUUGGACUAGAGGAGGAGCUCUCAGGAAUGUCCCAGUAGGCGGAGGAUGCCGAAGAAACAAGAAGAAGAAAAGUAGUAGUAGCUCAAAACCCUCGGCUUCUGCUGAGAGGCAAAGUGGUUCAAAUUCAAUCAAUGCUGUUAUUCCUUCUGAAAUCACCGCUCACCUGCCACAUCAAACACCUCAUUUACCUUUUAUGGCUUCUUUGCAAAAUUUUUCUCAGUAUGGUAUAGGAAAUAUUGGCUUAAACUUUGGUGGAAUUCAUGGUCAGAUAGGGGCAACAAGUGACGGUAGUGAGCGAUCUGAUAUGGGGUUUCAGAUAGGAACAAACUCAGACGUGAGCAAUGCCAUUUUAUCAGUAAGGUCAGGCAUUCAUCAGCAGUUCCCAUUCAUUGAGCCAACUAAUGGUUUAUAUCCAUUACAAAGUGAGUAUAUAGAAGCAUCACCUUCAAUGGUGGAAGAAAGCCAGCUUCUUCGUUCCACAAGUUCAAGCUCUAGGGUUUCUCAGCGAGGUCCGGUGAAAAUGGAAAACAACAACCAAGGGCUAAAUCUAUCAAGACCACUGCUGGGUGUUUCGGAUCAGAAUAAUCAGUAUUGGGGAGGGAACAGCUGGACAGAUUUAUCAGGUCUCAAGUAGUCAUCUCGUACUGAUCAUCUCUUAUAGCUAGUUUCAAUCUUUCUUGAUUGACAGCAGCUUAAAGCUGGCCUUGAAGCUUCGGCUGCUUCAUUCAAGCUUUAAUGGCAAAUGAUAGUUGACAUAAAGUAGCAAUGUCCCUUUAUCAGUCUUUCGCAAACUCCAAGUCUACGGUAAAUUUGCAAGGUGCAAUGUGGAACUUAUCUCUUAUCAUCAUCAUCAUCUUUCUGUCGAAGGAAAAACAAAGAUCGGUAAAAUUAACGUUUGUUUCAUACUCUAUGCUUUUAAUUUUGGGUUUUCUUAAAACA